UGACUUACGAUUACGGCUUCACAUGUCGCCUGAUUAACCUGUUUCAACUCUUUGCGUUUUAGCUAUUUUUUUGCUCUUAUUUCAUUUAUUUAUUUUUUAUAUUUCUUAAACAACAAUGCCUGUAGGAAAUUUCAACACUUCGGCGAUGAAGUCGAAAAAGAAAGAAGAUACUUUCCAGAAGGUCUAAGUCAAGUCUAAUAACUUCAAAGUCUAGUCAUUUCAUACUACUAUUCAUAGUCAUAGUCAUCAUAUCAUCAUAGUAAUAGUCAAAGUGUUUAAACAGUAGACUAUAAAUUAUAAUGUAUGCUUAAUUAUUUCUAAUUUCUAUUUUGAAUUAUUAUUUUUGGCCAAUUCAAGCCAUGGCCAUGAUAUAUUUUAAGUUCACAUCAUCAUCAAGCAAUGUCAAUAUGCUUUUAAAUGUAGUAUAAUAUUUCUUGCUUCCAUCAUCCUAUCAGUACUUUCACACAGUAGUAUGUAUUUAUUUUAUGAUUUGAUUGAAUAAAGCAGUGUUUCUUGUGUCUUACUCUGCUCUAUACUUUAUACAUUUGGUAUUGUCAUUGUAGAAGUUGCCAGAAAUUUAAUUGAGUCAAUUACAAAAUAUAGGCACCUUAGUCCUUAGACCUAAAGUAGACCUACUCCUUCUCUGGGUUUAACUUUAUAGUUUGCCUUGUAGGGUUGUUUUAGAUGGGUUACCAUGCAAGUGCAAGGCUAACAAGUCCCAUCCACUUCAGGUGAUGAUGUUGUUUUUGCUUGUCUGGGUUUUGCUGGUGAUUAGAAUCCAAUCCAAAAGUUUAGAAUGACUCAUUUUGAAUUCAAAUCUUAACAGUCACAGAAUCCUGGUCUUGCCAUUUGACUUUGAUCAAAUAUGAAUGGACGAGAAAGUAAAGCUGAUGAAUUACGCUCCUCUCUGUCAAUUUAAACAAGAUACAGCGCAAAUCAAUGCAACUACUCACACUCACAUUCUAGCCUUGAUCUUCUUCACAAGCAAAGAAUGAAUAUAAAUAAAUAUCACACACCAUAGAUGCCAACUAAAAGAAAUAGAAUUUAGAAGUUAACUUAGGUCAAAUUUACAUGGACUGUCUGUAUAUUUACAGAUGAAUGGCAACCCUUGCAGACACCUCUCUUCAUUACUUAAAAAUCACACAUUUUUUAGUACAAACUCCCUUUUUUUUUUUCACUCUUCUUUCACCCCUCUCCACUUUUCUUUUUCAACCUGGUCCUGUGCAUUCCUUACUAUUUUUAAUUCAAUAUUACAGAAUUUUACAUCUAUGUAAGUUAAUAAAAAAAACUGGAUAAAAUAUAAAGGGUAAAAUCUUAUUCUUUUAGGACUCUGGUAAAAAAAAAAUGGUGUGAGGGUUGGGGCGUAAUAUUGAUAAGCAAAUCUUUAAUUGACAACUUUUGAUAGAAUUUUCAAAUGAACAGUUGUGCGUUUGGUGUAAUUAUGGGUCAGCAGAGCAAAAUUAUGAACAAUGAAUUCAUGUUUUAUAUAUUUAAAGGUUUUGGAGAUAAAACAGCGCCAACAGAACUGGUUAAGACAAAGAGAUCAAAGCCAGAAGGAUGAUUCAAGUGAGGAAACAGUUAACCUUUAACUUUAAAAAUAAUUGAUUAUGUAGGGGCCUAUAUCAGUUUUUUUUUAAAUCUUGCAUUUGUUUUAGUCAACAGUCUUAUCUUGUUAUAGACACUAUUGACUAUUCAGAAUAGAGUUUCAACGCCAUACCAAAGAUCAUAAUAAUUUUAUAAAGUGUCAAAAUUAGGCUAACAUAUUACUGAGUAAUAUCCAGGCUCACCAUGUGGUACAAGAUCAAAAAUGGGCUGGUGUACUGCUCAGGCAUCAAACAGAAACUCGUUCAUCUUCCCCCUAGACAGCGACAAGGCCACGACAGACAGUUCCGACUGGUAAAAACAAGAACAAAGUACAGGAGCUCCUCAUUCCUGCCGAAGACAAUAGGGGACUGGAAUAAGCUUCCAAAAGCAACAGUUGAAAAAGCCUUGCAGUAUCUGCUGCAGGGUGAUUGAAAUCAUCUGGUUAUCUGCAAUAAUCGUCUCUGGCCCGUUCUUUAAUCUCCUGGCUCUUUGUCAUUAGUCAGCAUUUGUUUGCUCCCUUUAGUUAAUCAGAUUAUUAACCACUCUCACUAAUUCUAGCAAUCAAAACAAUAUUUCAUUGGGGUUUUCUUUAAAGAAUUAAAUAUAUAUUAUUUUUUUAAAACUUUUUUUCCAAAUGAUAUUGACCAUCGCCCGAAGAUAAUUCCAGCACCUCCACAAACCUACACAGCUUUUUAGUGCUUGCCUUUAAAAGCAUUGUUAAUUUAAACUAUUCCAAAUAAAUAAAUUAUUUCACAGAGCCUAAAUCACAGCAGCCUGUUUCAAGCAAGACAACACACUCUAAUAUUAAACCAAGUGAAAUACAAGCUUCAAAGACUAAAGCAUCUGGACCAGUUGAUCUAAAGUCCAAAGCUAAUGUGAAUAUUUUAACUUAAAUUAAUUUAAAAAGCUUUCAUUGUUAAAGUCUUUUUUUUUUUACUUAAGGACUGCAUAUUAUUUUGUAUUAUGCUCAAACAUUUCUAAUUGUCUCUUUCUAAAUAGAUGAUUAUUCAAUUACAGGUGAGAGACAAAUUUAAUCACUGGAUAAAUGUUAGAAAUAAUUUUGUAAAGGAUGAAGAAUCUGAUUUAAAUGACAAUAACAGCAUCUGUAGUGGGGCUGAGAGUGAAUUAGAACGACUCGUUUCCCCUGAACUUGAUCCAUUUCGUCUACCUACCGAAGAGCAAGAUUUUACUCUACUGGCUGACCAGAUUGCAAAAAGAGUAAAAGAUGAUCUGGGUUUUUCUCAUUUGACAAAAGACUUAUCUGAAUCAGUAUCUUCUGGAGCGUCAACAUCCAUUCCUCUAAAUGAGAGUAGAAGGGAAUCAUUACGUUGUCUGACUUUUACACAAGACAGCCCAACUUUUGGUCUGACAAGUCACAGUUGUUCUGUGUGUAAGAAUUUGAUGGUAUGUUUAUUGUAUUAUUUGUCCUGGCAUGUUUUCUAAUAAGAUCUAUUGCAUUUUCAACUUUUUAAAGGAAUUUUUAUGUUUAAUUCAUGCAAAAAUAAAUAGUUCAAAACAUGUCUAUUUUUUACCACCUUUAUUUGAUUUUAAAUCUACAAAACUUUGUGCAUAUUAUAUGACAGACUCAUAGCUGAAACAGUGCUGACAUUACCUAGUCAAUUAGUAGUAUUAUUAUUUAAAUGGUUUUAACAAAAAUAUAAAUUAAAGAUUUAUAGCUUCAUAAUUAUUAUUUUAUGUCAUAUGUUAGAAAUUUAUAUAGGCCACUAAAGAAAGUAGAUAUACCAGGGAUUUAGUAUAAGACUGCAACUUUUCAUUAUGCAUCUUAGUAGUUCAGUAAACUAAGAAGAACUGCUAUUAACUGAUCCAGAGUAACUUUUUCCAUUUUUAGCUUUCAUCUAAAAAUAUACCAAUGAUGGUGAUCCCUUGCGGCCACACACUGUGCAAAGCCUGUUCACAGGGGAGACAAACCUGCACUUCCUGCGACUGUCCUGUUGUAUCUCUAACAGUGAACAUAAUGUUGCAACAAGUGAUUCAGGAAUAUCAUGCUAAGACACACCUUUCUACUAGUAAUGGCUAUCCAACCCAGACCAAUUCUAUGGAUGGAACUAAAAGUUAUUCUUCCUCUAAAUAUGUUGAUGGUGAGAAUUCUAUUCUUAAAUUAACAUAUUUUACCAUACUCUGAUCAAAUAUAUAAUUGCUGGAGAUAAGCUUAACACUAAUUAUUACUCUUUACACCUAUUUUAAGAUAUACCACUCUUUGCAGAUAACAAGCCAUAUCAUAUGCAGCUGUCAAAUCUUCAAACAAGACAUGAUAUUUUGUCAACUGAACACACAUCAUUGCUUACUAAGCAAAGGCAAGUGUUACAUCGCCUAAGGCAGGAAUGUACACAGGUGCAGAACAUAAAAAGACAAGAAGAUGAACUUGAAAAGACAGUAGCAGAGUUACAAGACAGGUUAAAAUCACUGAAGUCACACAGGUUUGUAUUGAUCUCCUAACAAACAUUACCGUAAACAUCCCAAAAUGUAAAUAAAGUUGCCUUGAUUGACGAGUCAAAAAUUAAAGUUAUUAAAUAAAUACACAAAUUCAGAUAUAUUAACAGAUGUAAUAAACUGCAUUGGACUUAAAAGCUCCUUUAUCAUAAUUUACACACAUAACUGUUUAAUGAAUUGAAGUUUAUUUUAACCAAAAUCAAUUGUUUUUUUUUUGUCUAAAUGAGAUCUCAUUGUUUUAAAUCAAACUUGUGGCACAGAAAAAUUUAUUUUUUUAUCAUUAAACUCAAAUCCACACUAAAAUAGUCUCCACCAUAAAAUAGGUUUUGCACAUUUGUUCUGGUGUUCACUAUUAUAAAUAUGUCAAACCUAGAGCUACUUAUGUAUAGAAUAGUCUUUGAGUUACAACAAUUUUACAUACUAGAUAUCAAUAUGACAGUAAAGUUUUGGAGCUAC